AGGGCCGCGCCGGGGCAGAGCCGCGCGGGCGGGCGGAGGCGCGCGGCGGCCGUAGGAGCUCGGGUCGCCGCCGCUCGCCGCGCACGUGUGGCCGCUGCCGUGCGCCGAGCUCACGCCCUGCGGCUGCUUUGUUGCCUCCGGGCCGCCAGCACCAUGCACACGCCGGGCUCCGCGGGCCCGGGCGACGCGCGCGCGGUUGACAUCGUGGACAUAUGCGAGUCAAUCCUGGAAAGGAAGCGGCAUGACAGCGAACGGUCUACAUGCAGCAUCUUGGAGCAGAACGACAUUGAAGCUGUCGAGGCUCUUGUUUGCAUGAGCUCCUGGGGUCAAAGAUCCCAGAAAGGUGACCUAUUAAAGAUAAGGCCUCUCACACCUGUCUCCGACUCUGGGGAUGUCACCACCACUGUGCAUGUGGGCGCAGCUGCCCCUGAGCUACCAAAGGACUUCGAUUCUUUAUCGACUCUGUGCAUGACUCCUCCUCAGAGCCCUGACCUCGUGGAGCCAUCGACGGGGAUCCUUGUUCCUUCCCAAGUAAUUGAUCCCAAAGCAGGCAUGGUCAUCGCCAUUCCCCCAGCCUCUGCUGGGGCAGCCAAGGUGCUGAGGAGGAAGGCAGAGACGGGCCUGCCUGGGGUGAAGCCACAGCUGCUGGAGCCAGCCCCCAGGCCCCCGUGCAGGGCCAUGGUGAUGAGUGUCAUCCGCCACACUGGGCAGAGUGUUGCUCCUGCGCACAUUCCUGCCACGCAGACUCAAGAAUGCCGACUUUCAGACGGCAGGCAAGGAGAAGCACAAUUUCUGGGACGUAUUGAAGCUUUGCAGGACGCACACCUCACAGACAGUUUACUCAGCAUUAACUCGGAGUCUUGUCAGCCUUGCUCGCACAAGUCUGGUGGCCUGAUCCCCACUGACAAAGGCCAGCAGGCAGGGUGGCCCAUUGCAGUUCAAACUUGCUCACCAAAGAAUUAUGAAAAUGACUUGCCAAGGAAAGCCACCCCUCUGAUUUCUGUCCCUAUCUCCAGUGCCCCUCUCCUUUGCCAAAUGGUCCCUGUGACUGGACAAAGUGGCAUGUUACCAGCUUUUUUGAAGCCACCUUCCCAACCGUCUGUGGUGACUGUCAAACCCAUCCUACCCUACGCUGCUCCAGUGCCCCAGCCUGUGUUCGUGGGACCGUCUGUGCCUCAGGGAACUGUGAUGCUGGUUCUGCCCCAGGGCGCUCUCCCUCAACCUGCCACCUGUUCAUCGAGUGUAAUGGCUGUUGGGAAUACCAAGUUAUUGCCCCUUGCCCCUGCUCCAGUGUUCAUUGCCUCCAGUCAAAACUGUGCCCCUCAGGUAGACUUUUCCCGAAGGAGGAACUAUGUUUGCAACUUCACAGGCUGCCGGAAAACCUACUUCAAAAGUUCCCACCUCAAGGCUCAUCUUCGGACUCACACAGGAGAGAAGCCUUUCAGCUGUAGCUGGGACGGCUGUGAUAAGAAGUUUGCUCGUUCAGAUGAACUCUCUCGCCACCGCAGAACGCACACCGGGGAGAAGAAGUUUGUGUGCCCUGUGUGUGAUCGGCGUUUCAUGCGCAGUGACCACCUGACGAAGCACGCCCGACGCCACAUGACCACCAAGAAGGUCCCUGGCUGGCAGGCAGAGGUCGGCAAGCUGAACAGAAUUGCCUGUGCGGAGAGGGCUGGGAGCCCACUGGUGAGCAUGCCAGCCUCCGCCUGAAAGGUCGGCCAGGGAAUUGCCCAUAGGGACUUUAAAAAGCCUUUUGUCAGGAAUGGAACUGAUGGUUUCCCUCAAAACAAAACAAAACCAUGUCUUGGGGGCUAGGGGAAAGUGGAGAGCUGGUUCUGAUGAAAGUAUGUUAACUUUCUUUUUUGGUUGGGACCCUGUUCAAUAUCUUUUGUAGUUUCAGAAGUUUUUUUUAAGGAAAUGGAAGAAAAUUUCAUGAUCUAAAUCACCAGCAUUCAGGCAAACAUUUUGGCAAUAAAUUUUGCAAAAUCUGGAUUUUUACAACCUUUCUAUUCAUGUUUUGUAGAAAUGAGACAGGGUACUAAUUUUUAUACUGUUUUUUAUUAAAAUGUUUAUAUUGUUGGUGCUCAUGUCACCAAUUUCUAGAUAGAUGAUUUUACAAUCUUCUUUUCAGUGUUUAAAAACGUUUUUAAAUAACCCUACUUUUAGUAAACUUGGCACAUUAUUCAGCCAAAAAGAAAUCACAAGUUUGUAAUCAGGCCUUUUAGAUCUAAGAAUUUUUUAUAAUCAGAACUGGUUGAAUAGAGGCCUCUUAAAGAAAUGGGGAAGAAAACUUUGCAGUCAGCUUCUUCAUAACAUUUUCAGGGGAAUUUCCAGGCAACCAUUCCAUUAAGGCUGUAGCCCAAGGAAUUAAAAUUUUGGUAAAGCAGAACUGGUCACCUGUGUCCAUGGUGUGACUUGUGAGGGAUGUACCCCAGUGGAUAACUUAAAAUACGCGGUAGAUACCUGGUGAGCAGGGAGCUGCUGUAGGAUCUGAGUGUCUGUGCUCUGCCGGGAGCAAACCAUUCAGUUUCCUGUUUGUACCUCAAACACCAAAAAAAGAUAAUGUAAGCACUCAAAUCCAGCUGCUUUGUCAAUUGUCAGUUGACUUCCUUUGCUGUGGCCUUAUCCAUAGUAUUUUGUGGGUUGAGUAACUUCUUAGAGAAAAAGGAAAUGCCCUUAUUGGUUGGAGGAACUUUCUACCAAAGUGCAGCUUACCUGAGGUGAAGUGUACAUGCACACAGUCCAGCUGCUGUGUUCUGAUUCCUUAUUUAUUAAGUAUUAAGAACUACAGGAAAAGCAAGUUGUGCUGAAUGGCAGUGACGCUACCCGUCUGCCGUUUCUUUCAUGUUGUUUGAAGGAAGUUGUUUUGAUCACACAGAAAAUUACUUGGAAUGGGGUGUUUUGCCAUCUGCCUAGAAAAUAGACCGUGAGCACCCCUUUGAAGCUGUGUGAGCACAGGCCCUAGCUCUGCAGAGACUGCGCCCGUGGCGUCCAGGGUGCUGCUGAGAUGGCUUUUGUUAGGCGGCAUGUGGAAUCCAGGCACCAGAACCCGUGUGAGGAACAUACGGAUGUUGUGCUGCUUUGUGAGCCUGGGAUGGUUUUCGUUGUGCCCUAUGUCUUUAGGUUUUGUCUCUGCCUCUUAGUCAUUGGCAUUUACCUUUCUUCAAAUGAUGGUAAGGUGAAAUAGUGGAUAAGUACAAUUAGGUUUUGUGUUCAGGUCUUUUUGGUCCCCCAGCCCUCACCUGCUCAUUCACUGUAUGUUACUUGAUGCCCAGUGAGUUGCCCUUUAGCAUCAACUGCUGAUUGACACAUUGACACCCAGGUGUGUAAGUGCGGCUGUAUGUAGAGGCAGCACUCAUGUUUUUGGACACUUCCAUAGCUGAGUGUUCCUACUGGUCAUGAGACGUAACGUGAGUUACAAGAAAACCGUAAUUAAAUGUAUAUAGCUCGUGUUUCCCCAUCACCCAGUCCUUUGUUCAUAUCUUAGAUCACCAUAAACAUUUCUGACUAUGUGUAUGCCAUCAAUGGCAUUAAAUUUGGAUUUUUUUAAUUAUACAAAAUAAUGUUAGUCCUACUAAUGUUCUCGUGCAUAAUACAAGGUCUUUGAAUAUUCAGUUGCUUGUCACAUUGAACGUUAUUUUCUGAGCGAUGUUGUUUCUGAACAAUAGACAUGUUAAAAGUGGUUUGACUUACACUUCCAUUUCCUCAUUAGAUUUGGAAAUACCUUCUGUAAACAACUUGUUUUUGCCCUCUGUUUGUCGAUUGAAAGAUUAUAAGUUGGGAAACAGUAUCGUCUGAAAAAUGCUAUGCUGAGACCCAGAAGCCUUGUGGUGGUUGUAGCGUGGAGCCCUCCGCUGGCAGCUCUGGGUGUAAGAGCAGAGAGCGUGCGCAGGUCCCGCAGUGCACUUUAUUGCCUGAGCAGUUUGCUUGAUUUUUUUUUUUUGACUUUGAGCCUUUUAAGUAGUUUCAGUAAUAAAGUUUAAAGUGUUUCAGAAAUACAUUUUAUGUAACAGAUUUUGAUUUAUUAUUUAAAUGAGUAUGAGGGAUGUAACUUUUUCCUUUGAAUCAUAUAAAACUUUUUGAUUUGCAAA